CCCCGCCCCCCCCCCCCCACCGCCGGCGCUGCCAUCGCUGCCCAGGACGAUGGGAGACCCCUUUGGCCGCUGGAGCGGCCCCCCGUCCCAUAGCGACACCGAAGACAGCUCCCACCUCCACCACUCCAACAGCUUUGCCCGUCCCAGCGGGAAAAGCAUCUUCAACCAGCGCAAGGACUACAGCCAGAGCCUGCUCAAACCCCAAAGCAAUUUCCAUCACCAUGUGGAGCACCUGCUCACCAUGCGGCUGGACAGGGACAUCCGCAGCACCGAUGACUGCCUGGCUCGCCUGAAGGCGCUGGAGGCCCAGGGCCGGGUCUGGGGGCAGGACCUCAUCCUGCACGUCAAGAACCAGGAGCUGGUGCUGAGCGAUGUGGAGAGCAAGGAGGAGCUGGAGAGCUACCCGCUGGGCAGCGUGCGGGACUGCGCGGCCCUGCUGGACGCCUGCAGCUACGACUCGGUGCUGGCCAUCAGCGUGCAGGAGCAGGCCCCCCCCGGCACCAGCGUCCUGCUCUUCCAGUGCGACCGCACCGGGGCCCAGACGCUGAAGAGCAGCCUGGAGAAGCUGGUGAGGCAGUGCAAGGAGGAGCAGCACCAGUACGGACGCAGGGCCCCCCCGGAGCAGCUGUCCGACCCGAUCCCCCCGUACAUGUCGGCCCCCUACAGAGCCCCGGAGCAGUGGGCAGCCACCCCAGAGCCCACCUUACCUGCGCCCCCCCAGCACAGAUCAUCCUCCUUGGACUACAGGGGGGGCAGCUGGGACCACCCCCCAGCACCAGCCGCCGAGCAGAACACCUGGGUCAACCCCUCGGGCCAGAUCAUGUCCGACACCGAACGAGACGUGAUGGUCCUCAACCACGUGCUGGAGGACGUGGAGCUCUUCGUCAAGCAGGUGAAGGAUGCCCUCAGCCUGAUGAGCACCAAGAACCAGAAAAAGAAGAAAAGCAAAGCUCUGCCACCCGAGGCCAGCUACAAGGACUUUUUCCAGAAGGUGAAAUACGCCCUGAACCUCCUGGGAAUCACCCACCAGCACGUAAAGGACCCAGACCCCCUGCAGCUGCUGCACCUCAUCUUCGAUACCCUGUCCUUCGUCCUGGACAACUGCCCCAACCCCAGACUGGCGCCGGCGGUGGAGGCACCGCUGCUGAUCCCGGAGGCGGUGGAGCUGCUGGAGAAGACCCUGCACCCGCAGGAGUACAGCACCUGGAAGAUGCUGGGCAUCGCCUGGACCAAGACCAGGGCGGAGUACCCCAACAGCGAGCAGGUGCCCGCCUACAUCCCCAUCUUCUCCGACGGGUGGCUGCCCCCACCCAUGCUGAAACCACAGCAGCAGCAGGUACGGGGCGGGAGCGUUCCCGGACGCGGGGAUGUUCCUGGCCAGGUGCCCUUUUUGCCCCCCCCCAGGCUGGCGCGGGCUCUGUACGAGUUUCAGGGCAGGAACCCGCAGGAGCUGAGCGUCAGGAUGGGGGACACGCUGGAGGUGCUGGACCAGCAGAAGAAGUGGUGGCUGGUGCAGAGCAGCCUGGGGCACAAGGGCUACGUCCCCAGCAACAUCCUGGAGCCGCUGGGGCUUGAGGACGGCUGGAGCCAGGUCAGCCCCCCCAACCUGCACAUGGGCUCCUCGCCGGCAGAGGUGACGGCCUGGCUGAAGGACAAGGGCUUCUCGCGGAUCACGGUGAGGUGCCUCGGGGUGCUGUCGGGCCACCAGCUGCUGCAGAUGACGCCGGAGGAGCUGCGCGCCGUCUGCCCCGAGGAGUGGCGACGCGUCCUCUUCAAGCUCUCCUCCGUCAAGACGUCCCUGGGGAUGAGCCCCAGGGACUGAGCCGCAGGGACCACGCCGACGCCGGCCCCGACGUCCUCCUGCUGCCACCCCAGGACAGAGCGCCCCGGGGGGGGCAGCCCCGCAGGACUGGGGGGGGGCUGGCAGGAGGGGGUUCCCCGGCCCCCCGGGGCACCCAUUCCCCCCAAAA